AUGAAAACUUACAGUGUUUUAACUAUUAUUAGCUUCCUCAUCACAAUCCUCGCUUCUAUUGACUUCAAGACUCUCAUGUCUGGCACAGCUAAGUCCGUUGUCGUGAUGGAAGAAAUUCCCGUGUUCGUAGUCCUCGUCCAGUACACUACAUCCACAAUAACAGCUUCUUUCCUUGUCAACUCAGCCAACAUCGGCAUUUUCAAUAAACUUGCCAAAAUAGACGCAGUGUUGGAAGCAGAAUCAAUCAGUGACUACUACAAAAGAUCCCGUAUGGAAACCUAUGGAUUUCUAUUCUUUCUAGGUUUAUCCCAUUUAAUCAAUAUCAUAAUAGAAUUAGUGACCGCUGAAGAUAUAACAGUACAUGCAUUGAUCGUUCUUCCUUUAUACUUCAUACAAAAACUAGAAAUAGUGGCUUUUUGCAAGUACAUUGCUAUGGUGAAACGCAGAUUGGUAUUGAUAAAUGACCAUUUGAAAGUAUUUGUUCAAGAGCAAGAGAAAAAGAAGAAGAAUAAGACGAUCUUUAGUGUAUCGAAGAGUAAUCCUGAUCCCAAAGACAAUGUUGAAAUCAACUUUAUUGGUCGAGCCGUAGAUGAUCCAGAAGCUUCGAAUUCAUUAGAACAGAGCGAGAUCAUGACAACUCUGGACUCCAUCCCGUCCUUCGUCGUUCUUUUCCAAUACGCAGCUCUGAUAGUAACCACCAACUUUUUCAGCUCAAUGAACAUCCGCAUAAUCACUUUACUUGCAGAAGUAGACAAGACGUUACAAUUAGAGAUCUGUACUGACUUCUACAAAAAAAUGAGUUCUCGUAUCAGUAAAUUCUUAAUAUUUAUAACUAUCUCACACGUAGUCAAUGGCUUGAUGGAUCUAUUCACUGUCGCAGAUAGAGCUUGGGCGAUGACCGUUUUCCCACUAUACUUUGUUCAAAGAUUCGAAGUAUUCAUUUUCUGUGCGUACGUAAUUGUUGUAAACGGGAGUUCUUUAAAAGCUAAAAAAAUUGAGGCAACUAUCACCAUGGAAGCAGAAAAAGAAGAUAAAAAGAAAUCUCCAGGAAAAAAGAAGAAAGUAACAGAUGAAAGCGAGAAGCAAAUUGUGGAAUCCAUAAACGUAAUCAUAUUCAUUGAAUACAUUCAUGGUAUUUUUAGAUUCUCUCUAGUAAAUGAGAAACUACGUACACCGGAUUGGAAAAUGAAGGCAUUCACUGUUUUUAUCAUAGCAGCUUUUGUUGUAUUAUUCACUACUUACUUCUUACUGCCAACUGAUAUCACGCAUUAUGACAGUAAAAAUUACGUUCAGACUGCGGAUAAGGUGCGCAUCAUAAUACUGUUUAUCCAAUACGCAGUUUGCACCUUCACUGCUUCUUUUCUCGUCAACUCCAACAACAUCCGCAUCAUUACUACUCUUGCUAACUUGGAUAACCUGUUGCAAGUUGGAAAAUCCAAAAACUUCUAUAGCAAGUCGCGUUGGGAAACUUAUAAGUACAUGGUUCUUGUCGUUAUCAGCCAACUGGCUACCAGUAUUUUAGAUUUUGUUGCUAUCGGAGAUGUUGCUUGGGCAAUAGCAGCUACACCCUUAAACUUUAUCCAAAAACUGGAAAUAAUAACUUUUUGCAAGUACGUGGACUUCUUAAGACGCAGACUGCUAAUGAUCAACAGCUAUUUGAAGACAUUUGUCGAUGAACAAGAUCAAGAAACUGCUACAGUCUUUACUAUACGAUCUAGGAAUGUGGAAACAACAGAAAAGUUUAAUUUUAUUGGACGUGCGUCUGAUAACAAUACUAAAAUUAGAGAUGCGGCGAAGAUGUAUGACGUCAUUGGGCAAAUAUGUACCAUGGUUAAUGAAGUGUUCAACUUCCAAAUUCUGACAAUCCUCAUGAGUACUUUUGCCUUUAUCAUUAUUAUCAUGUGGACCUCUCUAUACUACUACCGAUCAGCCAUAAGUGAUUUGAGCUUACUGAUGAAUGUUAUAGUAUCUUCAUUCUUUUGGAUUUGCUAUGUUGCUAUCAUGUCGAUUGCCUGUGAACGACUGCUUCUUGUCCGCAACGAAACGAAGAUACUUGUGAAUAAGGUGAUCAUGAACUAUGAUCUGCCUAAGACGAUGAGGGUGCAGGCUAAAGCAUUCAUGGAGCUUGUCGAAGCUUGGACUCUACGUAUCUACAUUUAUGACAUGUUUUCCGUUGAUAUUACAUUGAUGUUAAAGUUUAUCAGUGUUGCGACCACUUAUUUGAUUGUUGUUAUUCAAAUAUUCAACUUCUUCUAA